GUUGCUUCCGCCUGCAUAACUUGCCAAGCUUCUGAGAGAGUCUGUUCCUUUUCAGCGCCGUAAUCGAUUACCCUGAAUGUACACUUGAAUGUUUACGACUGCUUAGCUACGGUUAUACGGUUAUUUUCACCGUCAAGGGAAAAUACAACUUGCUGUUCUGUAGCUCAUAGCGACAACGGAGAGGUGCAUCUGUCUGAAUACACCAGGUCUGAUGCCACAGCUUGGAGUGAACAAAGGAGGAAAUAGCUGAAAAGCAGGACUGACGGCAUGACUGACACUUCGCGGUACCAUGUAGAGCACCUGACCUCCUUCGUGAUGAGCCGGAAGGAGGGUGUGAUCUCAGUGGCGGAUGGCAUUCGGAAGCUACGCCUUCAUGAUGCCAAGGGCAAGGUGUGGACACAGGACAUACUCCUGCAAGUCGACACCCGUGCGGUCAGCCUCUAUGACCCUGAGACCAAGGGCCGGCUGGAGGAUUUCCCUGUGAGCACCAUCCUACAGAGCCAAGCGAUCUUGAGGGCCUGCAGCUAUGACUCCAUCCUGGCACUGGUGUGCAAGGAGCCCGGCCAAGCCAAGCCACACCUACACCUGUUCCAGUGCGAUGAAGUCAAGGCAAACCUGAUCCAGGCUGAUAUUGAAAGCACCAUUAGUGACCGUAAGAGCGGGAGGACAAAGAAACGGCCAGAUGUACUAAGGAUGAUCUCAAAGAGUGACAGAGUCUCACCCUCUCCUCCCCCUGAGGGUCCACCCCCUGACCUGCCCACACAGCCAGAAGCCAGCAGAGGAUUGGCUGCUUGGGCAGUGAAUGAGCAACAGACCAAUGGUAUGCAGUGUUCACUGUGGGAUGAGACACCUGAGAGGACAGCCGCUAGAGUGGAUCGUGAUGUACAAAUACUGAACCAUCUCCUGGAUGAUAUUGAAUAUUUCCUCACCAAGCUUCAAAAGGCUGCUGAGGCCUUGAAUGAGCUUUUUAAGAGGACCGGGCUGAGCUGCAAGAAGAAGGGGCCAGGAGAUGGAGUUUUGACAUUGCGAGCCAAGCUGCCACCCCAGGCAGAGUUCAUUGACUGUUUCCAAAAGUUCAAGCAUGCCUUCAACUUGCUGGGGAAAUUAAGAUACCAUAUUUGGAACCCGAGUGCUUCAGACCUGGUUCACUUCCUUUUUACACCACUGAACAUGGUGGUGCAGGCCUCAGGGGGCGUGACCCUGGCUCAGACUGUGCUCAGUCCACUCCUUACUCGAGAUGCUAUUGACUUCCUGCAUUCUGCUGCCACAUCUGCUGAGAAGUGUCUGUGGGUGUCGCUGGGGGACAGCUGGACCAAGUGCAGACUGGAAUGGCCCAAGGACUACCCCUUCCCCCCCUACACUCCUCGCUUCCGCAGGGGCUGGGAGCCGCCUGUGCUGGCUUUUGAGGGACCGUGGAGGGAGCGGGAGGUUACCCAGUUGGCACGCUCCCUCGCUGGAGUGGAGCUCCAGCACACGGAGGAGCAACACAGUGCUCGGGGCUUCGGUGGUGCCAAUGGAAACUAUGAGAUCCACAGCAGAACACAGCCAAGGAAAUAUGCCAGAUCCAAGGAAGACUUCAUGGCUGGAAAAAACACAGAGCUGACUGUUGUCAAGGGUGAGCUUGUUGAGGUUUUAGAUGACAGGAAGCAGUGGUGGAAGGUGAGGAACAGCACCGGGGAUUUUGGGUAUGUGCCGAGCAACUUCCUGCAGAUCACCCAGGUGAUGGACAUCACUGGGGGGCGGGGUCAGCCUGUCAACACCCACACCUACCAGAUCAUGAUGCCCAAGAAGGAAUUUGAACUGCUCAAGCAAUUACUGGAUGAGAAAAAUGAGAGGCCAGGCCAUGUCCUCCAGUCCAUAAAAACCACAGUGCCCCCUACUCUAGCUCCGUCCAGUCCCAGUCUCACCCAGCUGUACACCCCACCCCCAUCCCACAUAGCCACACCUCCACCAGGGAAGAAGCAGACAGCGACCUCCAUCGGCUUCCAGCUGAACAGCAACACUUCUGGUGGCAGCCAGCAGAACAGCACCACCUUCACUGACAGUGUCUGUGAUACUGCAAACCAACAGCAGGGGGAGGAGCCAGGUCUGCUCAGCUGUAGGAAAUCCAGCAUGGAGGAGGCCCCUCCCUGUUUUAUAGACAGGAAGUCUAACAUGAAGGAGGCCCCUCCCUGUGUUACAGACAGGAAAUUCAGUGUGGAGGAGGCCCCUCCCUGUUUUACAGGUAGGAAAUUCAGUGUGGAGGAGGCCCCUCCCUGUGUUACAGACAGGAAGUUCAGUGUAGAGGAGGCCCCACCCUGUGUUACAGACAGGAAGUCCAGCAUGGAAGAAGCCCCUCCCUGUGUUAUAGACAGGAAAUCCAGCAUGGAGGAGGCCCCUCCCUGUUUGAUAGACAGGAAAUCCAGUGUGGAGGAGGUCCCUCCCUGUUUUACAGGUAAGAAGUCCAGCAUGGAGGAGGCCCCUCCUUGUGUUACAGAUAGGAAGUUCAGUGUGGAGGAGGCCCCUCCUUGUGUUACAGACAGGAAGUCUAACAUGAAGGAGGCCCCUCCCUGUGUUAUAGACAGGGAAUCCAGCACAGAGAAGGCCCCUCCCUGUGUUAUAGACAGGAAAUCCAGCGUGGAGGAGGCCCCUCCCUGUUUUACAGGUAGGAAGUCCAGCAUGGAGGAGGCCCCUCCCUGUGUUACAGACAGGGAAUCCAACAUGGAAGAGGCCCCUCCUUGUGUUACAGAUAGGAAGUUCAGUGUGGAGGAGGCCCCUCCUUGUGUUACAGACAGGAAGUCUAGUGUGGAGGAGGCCCCUCCCUGUGUUACAGAUAGGAAGUUCAGUGUGGAGGAGGCCCCUCCCUGUGUUAUAGACAGCAAGUCCAGUGUGAGGCAGGCUCCUCCCUGUGUUACAAACAGGAAGUACAGUGUGGAGGCCCCUCCUUGUGUUACAGACAGGAAGUCUAGCGUGGAGGAGGCCCCUCCCUGUGUUACAGAUAGGAAGUUCAGUGUGGAGGAGGCCAAUCCCUGUGUUAUAGACAGCAAGUCCAGUGUGAGGCAGGCUCCUCCCUGUGUUACAAACAGGAAGUACAGUGUGGAGGAGGCCCCUCCUUGUGUUACAGACAGGAAGUCUAGCGUGGAGGAGGCCCCUCCCUGUGUUACAGGCAGGAAGUCCAGCAGGGAAGAGGUGCAAGACAAGCUCCAGCAGCCCCUCACACUGGGAUGCAGUGCACAGAAGAAGCUGCAGAUCCCACAGCAGAGUGCCGACCUGCCUGCCCUUGGCAUCACCUACAACUCCUCCCCCAAGAUGGUCAAAGCCUGGUUGCAGGCCAAGGGCUUCAGCUCUGUCUCUUUCCAUUGCUCUCUCUCUUUCUCAUUCCCCUCCCUACCCCUUGCUGCUUCUAUCUUUCAUCUACUUCCCCCUCACUCACCCCUCCCUCUGGCUCCCCCCUUACGCAGCACUGCUGAAAGUCUAGGUGUACUCACAGGCGCCCAGCUCUUCUCUCUCAGUAAGGAAGAGUUGAAGACCGUGUGCCCCGAGGAGGGGGCGCGGGUAUACAGUCAGGUGACUGUGCAGAGGGCCAACCUCGAGAAGAGCUCUGGCUCUGAGCUGCAGCAGGUGAUGAGGAGGUGGCAGGAGAAGCUGAGUGCAGCAGCCAGCGACUCAGGGGUGAAGUACUUUGACGAGGCUCACUGAAUGCCUGCCCCCCUCCCCCCCCCGGUUAACGCGGUACGUUUCCAGGACAACAACAUUUUGCCAGAAGCCUGUGAGGAGGAUAGCUGAGCCUCACAGUUGGGGCCAUUCACUAACACAGUUCAUUUUAACCCAUUCGCACAGCAGGCUUCUAUUAGUCCUUCGUUCAGCCAUAGCAUCUCACUUGGGAAGUUAACCUGGGAGUACAGCUCCUGAAAUGCUAAACCACACUGUGACCAUACUGUGCAGUGUGCAACAUUGCUAAGCUCUGCAUUGUGGAAUUUGUGUAGUGCGCUAAGGUUUUACUGACAAUUAUUAUCUAUACAAAGCAUUUGUAUUGGCCAGAGGGCAUGUAUUGACAAACACUAAAAAACCCAUACUUUUUUUACUCAUAGUCUGAAAAGUGUACCGUCCAAUGAAUCCUGAAAUGAUCUGAAUAUUUGUAAGUGCUUUCAUUGGUCUGUAGAUAUUGACAUUUAAAACACUGAACAGGAAAGAUAAAAUAAAGGCAAUGUAGAACAAAUGUGCUUGUGGACAAAGGAGACCUACCUUCAGGGCACACAAGACCAGGAGCCAAUUUUCAUGUGAAGUUAAGUUUCUGAGAUUGUAUAGAAUCAGUUAUGAAAGAUUGUCAUAAUAAUAUUACAUGAAUUUCUGGAAUAUUUGGAAAAGAGAAUACAGUAUUUAUGUAUGUUGUACUUUUUAAUCAGAGUGUGAUGCCAAAAAAAACAUCAUUAAAGUGAAAACAUGGGAGGCGUGGUAUUGGUUAUUGUUUCUUAAUGACUGGGAUUUGCCCUACUUUUCUUAUAAAUUAUCUGGUUCACCCUAUAAACACUGGAUAAAACAAUGUGAUUGCUAUCGGGGGUUCCACACAGCUAUAUUACCAAAAAAGCAAAAGCACAGUUAGAUGGAAUCAAAGUUACAGUUUCAUUGGACAUCAGUAAUUCACUGCACUUAUAUCUUUCUUCACAUCUUUUGGGUUAAUCUUUGUCAUUGGUAAAAUAGAUGUCUUUAUGGUGGGAUGGCCAACAGUAUUUCUAAAAUCAAUAUUUCAAAAAUGUUUUUGGGGCCCAAUGUAGGAUGCAUAUCCUGCUGGGAUUGUUCUGAAGAGGCCAAAGGCAGAACAGACAGAACUCUGUAGAAAGAAACACACGCCUAAAGCACAUAAUGUGUUUAUGCCAAACACUAG